AUGGGCUUCUUUGACAGCAUUCAGAAGCCCGGCUUCACGGCGGCCAAGGGCAAAAAUGUUCACAUCAAGCAGGAAAUCGUGAAGACGGCUUUGAACCCCAAAAAGACAUUCGUUCCAUUUCCACAGCAUCUCAAAAAACGCUCUUUACCAGAUAAAAAGGCUACGGUGUUGGAUAGCCAGACUGCCAAACUAUCUCCCAAGUCUCGAGCCCAAAACCCCCGGAAACGCCCAGCUUCGACCCCGCAACGUCUUGAAUCUGAUAGUGACGAUGACGUAUCUGAUCAUGAUCUUGGGGAUGCAAGAAAACGAGCACGGAGAACUAGUGACGUGGAGCCCGAUCUAAAACGGCGGAUCCGUAGCAGAAAGGCCUUCUCGGAGGAGGAUGGUGGGGUGUUUCCCCUGGUCCAUGCAGUAGAUGUUGCUUCUCUGAGCAAGCCCACGAAAUACAAAGCCGCCUUCCCGAAUGACCCGCAGGCUAUCGAGAUUCAUUUGCAGUACCCGUCUGCUUCUCAGAGCGAGAAAUACGAGUUGGUUGUGCCAAUCCUUAAUGAUGAUUUCAAGGCUUUGGAAGACAUUAGAGAAGUCAUGGAGACCAUCAUCAGCAACUACCUUCCAAGCGAUGAAGCAGCGAAAAUGCAAAAUGACAGCACGGGACUGAUUAGGCGACUCAAGCGAGCCACGGAGAGGCGUGCCGGGAACGAAUACACGGUCUUUGUGCAGGAAUGGAAUGACACCUUGGUUGAUCUCAGGAAAACCGGGACUAUUUCUAAGACCAUCGACGAAUGGAAAGUUGUCGACCUAAAAUUGCUCGAGCGAAUCCUGACACAAACCUACUCACGAACAGUUUCACCUAGGGUACACACGUUACGCCACUACCAGAACGGGACGGAUAAUGUGUACGGCGAGCUACUUCCCAAAUUCAUCUCCCUAAUUCUCAAACAGGACGUCAAGAUGAUGUCCGAUCAGAUCUUUGUUGAUCUCGGGUCCGGAGUCGGGAAUUGCGUACUUCAAGCCGCUCUGGAGGUUGGAUGCGAGAGCUGGGGCUGUGAGAUGAUGGACAAUGCUUGUGAUCUUGCCGAGCUUCAGGAGAAGGAAUUCAACGCUCGGUGCCGGCUAUGGGGUCUUUCCGCGGGUGACAUUCAUCUUGAACGAGGCGAUUUUCUCAAGAAUCCUGCGAUCCUGAAGAUUCUCCAGAAAGCAGAUGUAGUCCUUGUCAACAACCAGGCAUUCACUCCGAACCUGAACGAAGACUUGACAAAUCUGUUCCUAGACCUUAAAGAGGGAGCCAAGAUCGUGUCACUCAAAUCCUUCGUUCCCCAUGGGCAUAAGAUCACUUCCAAAAAUUUGUCGGCUGCAUGCAAUAGACUCGAAGUCGUCCAGAAGACUUAUUUCUCGGCCUGCGUGAGCUGGACUGAAACUGCAGGCACUUACUAUGUUUCGACAAAGGACAGCUCUAAGGUCCAGGCCUUUGCUGAAAAGAACAUGUGA